AUGACGUUCUUAGAUGAGGAAGAUGAAUAUUGGGAUGAAGUGCUUGGUAUUAUGAUCAAUGAAGUGGAACUGAGGAAUGAGUACAUCCAAAUGCCAACAAGUAAUGUUGGAAUGCAUCAAAAAAUAAGGGACAACCCUUUGUUCCACCCUUUCAAGAUGAUGAAUGCAAUUGGUGCUAUUGAUGGGACGCACAUACCGGUGGUUGUAAGAAAGAAUAAGCAACUGCGUUAUCGGUGUCGCAAAGGCUUUACUUCACAAAAUAUGAUGGUCGCAUGCUCGUUCGACCACCAGUUCCUAUUUGUUUGUACUGGAUGGGAGAGUUCUGCGGCAGAUAUGAGGGUCCUGCGGUGGUGUUGUGGGAGUGGCGGUUUUACCGCACCUGAAGUCGAUUCUGGAUAUGCAAACACUGAUCGUUUUCUCGCGCCUUAUAGAGGAGAGCGAUACCACUUGAGCCAAUUUGAUGGCAAUGCUCGGGCAUGUAGGCAUCGCGGACCACGGGAUCUGUACAAUCAUAGGCAUGCCCAAUUAAGAAAUGUUAUUGAGAAAGCCUUUGGCAUUUUGAAGAGGCGUUUCAAGGUUCUUCGGCAAGCAACUCCUUUUCCUUACAAAGUGCAAUGUCGCAUCGCCUUAGCAUGUUGUAUCAUCCAUAACUUCAUCAAAAGGCACCAAGGAAACGAUAUGUAUUUCAACAUGGCAAUGGAUCCUUUUUCUCAAGAUGAACAACAAGAGGAACCAAUACCCUUGGUUGGGAUUGAUGACUCACGAAGGGGUGAGGCGCUCCGCGGUAUGAUAACGGAGCAGUUAUGGAAUAAUAGAUAG